CGCCCACCCGCCGGUCACCUGACGCGGGCCCGCGGGUCACGUGAUCCGGUCUCCAUCGUCGCCAUCUUGAAGCGGUGGCCGGAGGUAUUAUGGAAGAAGGAAGCACUGUUGCAGUAUUGGUGCCAAAUAUUGGGGAGCAGGAAGCUGUGCUGAUUUCGGAGACAGUCAUUGGCCCAACACUUCAGAACAGCGAAGAUCAGAGAAAAUGUAAAACUGAUCCACUCAUCCAUGUUAUCCAGAAACUGAGCAAAAUAGUUGAAAGUGAGAAGUCACAAAGAUGCCUUUUAAUAGGGAAGAAACGUUCCCAUCCCGAUGCUCCUGCGCAGUCCUUGGACGCAGAGGAUCUUUGUGAAAUCCCAGCUAAAGCAAUUGAGCUGUCAGUGAUUGCUACUAAAAAGACUGAAGAGUUACAAGCAGAUUAUUUUGUGACUGAAUGUCUUCCACAAAGCAAAAAAAAAGUGACGUGCUACCAGUGUAGUCUCUGUAAGUUUCUAUCACCUUCGCUCUUAACACUACAAGAACAUAUAAAACAACACGGGCAGAAAAAUGAGGUGAUAUUAAUGUGCUCAGAAUGUCAUUUUGCUUCCAAGAGCCAAGAAGAGCUUGAAUCCCACUUCCAAAAUUACCACGAGAACGGUGGUAAAAACAGCAUCCAGACAAAAGCGCAGCAGUGCGUAAAUGUCGCCAGUUCAUUCCUGCAGGGGCCGGUGGAAGGAAGUGUCAAAUCAGGGACUGAUCAGACAGGAAAUGUGGAAUGUAAAGAUGGAAGUCAGUCUGCUCCUGUGCCCGAGGUGGGCAGGAGGAAGUGGUACACGUACGAGCAGUAUGGCAUGUACCGGUGUCUCAUCUGCCGCUACACGUGUGGCCAGCAAAGGAUGCUCAAAACACACGCCUGGAAACACGCCGGGGAGGUCGACUGCUCCUACCCCAUCUUUGAGGAGGAAAAUGAAACUGCCAGCUUGUCAGAGACAGUUGUAACUCACACACCUCACAACGUGGAUACAGUUGUCCUUUCUUUGGAAAACAGUGAACUCGAUAUCCACAGUGAACCUUCUCUUCAGCUUCAGAUUUGCAAUUCUGAGCAACUGUCGUGUAAGUCACCCAUAGGAACAAAUGUAAAAGAGGAGGAGAUAUUAACUGAGUCUGUGGUGCAUUCUCCUACUACAGAGGUUGUAGAGGAGACUAUAUCAGACACAGAACCGGACAAUAUGAUAACUGACAGCCUGCUGUCAUCAGCACAGAAAAUCAUCAAUUGUAGUCCAAACAAAAAGGGUCACGUUAAUGUAAUAGUAGAGCGUUUGCCAGGUGCUGAAGAAAGUGUCUUACAAAAGCCAUUCUUGAUGAACACUGACAUUGACACAGAAAAAAAAUUAAUCUCUGAGGAGUCCCAUGUUACCUGUGAAGAACCUGAAGUUUAUCGUUCAGAUGAAAUUCAAGAAGUAAUAAUAGAAUGGAAUAAUACUGAGAAGAAAGAUAAUGAAUUAAGCCCUAAUAAAAAUGUAACAGCUGAUGAAAAUGUGCCUCCUGCACGAAGGAGGACAAAUUCAGAGUCUUUACGGCUGCACUCCCUAGCAGCAGAAGCUCUUGUUACAAUGCCCAUCAGAGCUGCAGAACUGACACGGUCCAGCUUCAGGGCUCUGACUGGGGAAGAUGCUGUGGAUGCAGGUGCAGGACAGGGAGGAGCUGAUGGCCCAUGCGUGGCUCAUUCUAAAGUGGUAUCCUCACUUAAGGAUCCUUCAGAGGAGUUUAGUGGCUUAAACCAAAGUGAAUGUGCAAUAGUGGAGAUAAAGAAAGACAGGCCAGAGUUAUCAGAAGCCCCAAUUAAAAUGGGCAUCAGCAUGUCACUGCUGACCGUCAUCGAAAAACUGAAGGAGAGGACAGACCAGAACGCUUCUGAUGACGACAUUCUGAAAGAACUCCAAGACAACGCACAAUGCCAAAACGCCAGUGACGCGAAUGUCCCUGGCAGCAACCUGGUGGAAUACAUCCCCAACGUGGAGCGGCCCUACCGCUGCCGCCUGUGCCACUACAGCAGCGGCAACAAGGGCUACAUCAAACAGCACCUGCGGGUGCACCGCCAGCGCCAGCCCUACCAGUGCCCCAUCUGCGAGCACAUCGCUGACAACAGCAAGGACCUGGAGAGCCACAUGAUCAACCACUGCAAAACCAGGAUGUACCAGUGCAAGCAGUGUGAGGAAUCCUUCCAUUACAAGAGCCAACUGCGAAAUCACGAAAGAGAACAACACAGUCUUCCAGAAAUCUUUUCAACAGCUACAUCUAACAAGCUCAUAGUUUCCAAUGAAGUUGAUGACAGAGAAGGAAAUAAGUCUUCAGUUCAGAAACUGUACAGGUGUGAUGUAUGUGACUACACAAGCACAACCUACGUUGGUGUACGAAAUCACAGACGAAUUCAUAACUCUGAUAAGCCAUACAGGUGUCGAGUCUGUGACUUCGCCACCACAAAUAUGAAUAGCUUGAAAUGCCAUAUGAGGCGGCACCCCCAGGAGCAUCAGGCAGUGCAGCUAAUGGAACAGUACAAAUGUUCUCUCUGUGGAUAUGUAUGUAGCCAUCCUCCAUCCCUGAAGUCCCACAUGUGGAAACAUGCAAGUGACCAAAAUUAUAACUAUGAACAAGUGAACAAGGCCAUUAAUGAUGCCAUAUCACAAAGCAGUAGGUUUCAAGGACAGCUCACUGACAAAACCUUAUUAGAAGGCACAGAUGAAAGUACAGUACCUAUACUAGGAAGUUCAGACAACUUGGUGUCUUUUACAGAGUCUAUCAACCAGACUACAAAUGAAAUUUCAGGUUCUGAUGAGAAUGAAAAACCUAACUUGAUGAAUACCUCAUGCAGUUUAGAAAAGAACUCCACUCUACCCCAUCUUGGCACAGAAUACUGUGUUCUUCUCUUCUGCUGCUGCAUUUGUGGUUUUGAGUCUACUAACAAAGAAAACCUGCUGGAUCAUAUGAAAGAACAUGAGGGUGAAAUCAUAAACAUCAUCCUAAAUAAGGACCACACCACGACUCAAAAUACAAACUAGGUGAAGCAGUAAGUUAAGAGGAUUUCCUAGAGUGAAUAUUUUCUUGCUUUGCUAAUUUUUGCCUGAGAAACUUGCUAAAGAGAAGAAUUGCUAGCAAAACUUGAUUUCCCAUCCUGAGUCCUUGUUUCAGUAGGAGUACAAUAUUUUAACCAGGGACUGAUGAAUCAUUUAAGAGAUAAAUAUAAUGAGUGAUGAAUAGAAUGAUCCAUUUGAACCUGUUAUUUCUUUAUAUGGUGCCAAGAAUGUAGGAUUGUUGGUUUUUCUUCUUUUCUUGUCAGUUACUCAUCAGUAAUAAUGCAUUAGUACAGUACAUUAAAACCCAAAGGUGUGAAAGCUUUGUAUCAGUUGAAAAGCUUUUCUCUUCCUCCCUCUUUGUUGUUUUCCAAGUAAUUCAGCAAAGGACUUUUUAACUGUCUUUUUUUGAAACUGGCAACAGACCAGAUAAAAAUUUUACAAUAUGAUCUCAUAAACCUCACUGGAUUCUGGAAGGUAGAGCAGCAGAAGUUGAAGGGCCUAGAAGCAUUUUGCUAAUAAUUUGAUUGGAUCCCCACUAAAAAAAACUUAUAUUUUUUCCAACUCAUAGUGUGUAAAAUAUCCUUUAUAAUAAUGACCUGUUGUUUCGUAAUGGUUUUCUUGACACAUUCAGCAGAACUGUUUAAAAAAACCAACCUUGUAAUGUCACUUGCCAUUUGUGGUGAUUACUUUGCAGUAUGUAUGAGCAAUGUUUGUAAUGAGAACAAGAUAUGAAUAAUAAUUGCCACUAAGUGAUGUAGAUUCCAAAAGAUGUAGGUGAGCACAAAUUGGGAUUUUGAGAAAUGCCUACAUGCUUUGGCAAUCUUUGAAAUCCCACUGAGUGGCUAAGUUUCCCCUGUGUCUGUCAGAGUUGUAAAUGUAGAAAUAAUGAGCUGAAAGAUAACCUUCCUGUAGAAAAUCUUAUUUAAAAAAAAAAAAAGGCAAACAAUGUCUUAAGCCAAAACUGCAUCCAGUCACUUAUAGAAUAAAUUUUACUACUGCAUCUAGUAUGGAUUCAUAAAGGGAAUUAGAGAUUACUUUGUUUUCUAAGAAACACAUCGAAAUCUCUCCCUCUUAAAACCUUUAGCUUCUAAAAUUACAGCGUGGGGGGUUUUUUGGUUUGUUGUUUUUAUAGUUACAGCAGUUUGCAGUCCAAGACAUUCAUCUGUGUAUCAGUUUGGGAUAUUAUUACACUGGUUAGUUACCUGGCAACUUUGCUGAGGUUAUUUAUAAGGUUGGCUACUUCACUCGUUUGAAAUACAUAUAUCAAUCAAGUGAAGUAGUAGCACUUCCAAAGAAGCCCUUUAGCAGCCAGAUUUAAACUUUCUAAAUCAGGCAGGUAUUCCUGCCUUUAAUGAGUGGCAGAUGCACAGCAACACGCCUAGUUCCCGACAUGGGGGUGCAGUUGCCUGAUUUUUAGUAGCUCAUGACUCAAAAAGUUACUUACUCUUAGCAAAUCAGUGGUUUCUGGUUCCUUUAUUUAUACAUUUCUGCUCUCAGAAAUCAGCUCCAGCUGUAAAUCUGAGAGGGUGGCACGUGUAGUGUCUGUCUGUUGUGUUAUCACUGACUGAAGUGGCGACCAGGAAAAGAAAACAAAAGGUCUUUGUACAGCCUCAUGAAGCAGCACAAGAUGUAAAGGCCAGGGUAAAAGCACUAAGACCUCAAGUACAUUUAAUGGUAUUUGUUUUCAUGAGAUUUCCUCAAUUUGACCUAUUCUUAAGGUUAAAUAGCUAUUAUUUUGUUUAUAAAUUAGAAAGGCGAAAGUACACAUUUUACUUUAAAAAUUGGUCAGGAUAUAAGGUCAAAGCAUUUUUGUGUUCAGAUAUUUGAGACAUUUUAAAUACAUAUGUGAAGUACACAGUAUUUUUAGUUAAAAGUUAUUUUUUGUAUUCCUACAGAUGGGUUUUACAUUUGAAAAAGCACGAUUUAUUUACACUAUCUCAAAUUCAAUUAGAGAUAGUAAACUUUUAGUGGGAUAUUCAUACUGUCUCACAUCAAUAUUUUACCUUCAGUAUAGAACUCAUGUGAAAAUCCUACAUUAUCUGGAAUACAUCUCAACUUUCUCAUUCAGAGAUCCCAUUUGUUGGAAAAACUAAAGGACAGCGAGAUCCAUUGCUAAACUACCGAUCAGUAUUGACAGAUACAAUAUUUACCACAUUGUUGUUUUUGUGUAAAGGGAUAAUUAUUUUAAAGUUGCUCAGCUAGUGAAAGAUAAAAGUGAAAAACUUGCAUUCAUAAGCUAAGAAGGAGAUGACAGUGAACCAAGACUUAAAAAGUGAUUAACCUUGAAUCAAAAUGAACAGCUUUGGUGUCUGUGGAAGGCACACUUGCAGCACUGUGUGCAGUGCACCAGGAAUCAGUGUCAUGGGAUUACUGAGCAGGACAUGUCUAUUCUCAGUUCUUUGCCAUCUUGUUGCUUUUUUCUUUUUGACCACAUGUUCCUAUAAAAUAGUAGAAAGCUACUUGCCACUAAAAACCGUUAUCAGUCCUAACAAACACCAACAAAGAAUUCUUUCCCACAUACAGAGGUUUAUUUUUUUAUCUGUCUCCAUGCUGCUUGCCUUUAGUUACCCACUCAAUUCCCAUGGACUCUGUCAGGAGUUCUGCAUGUAAUCAUAGACUUAGUUUUUCUGAAAGCAAAUUGUUCCUCAGGUUAUCUGCUUUCAAAAGCCCGUGGUUGGCUUGGCUGCAUGUUUUGGAAGGGGGUUUAAGUGCAUUUCAAAGUCACAAACACUGGGGUUUUCCCCUUUUUUUAAGCUUUUAAAAUAUUCUUGGAUCUUUGGUCACAGCACUAUCAGGUGAUCAGCUACUCACGUGCUGUUUGUUUAAAUUAGAUUUUAUUCUGUGAUAUGAACUGUAACUUGCAGCUUUGUUUUAAAUGCCUAUACUUCCACUAAAGAGCAAACUUCAUUCAGACUGGGCUGUACUGAAAAAUAUUUGCAUAUUUCAUCUUCCUGAUUUAUGCUUGGAAAAAUAGAGUGGGAUUCAGUCAGAGUUAUUGCAUUUUCCUCUUUCAUAAGCACUUAUUUAAUCAUUUGAAGAAAUGUACAGUUGGUGCUCAAAGUAACAUUUGUUAAGAUAUAUUUAAUAGAAAUUUACAUUUGCAUUUGAUAUUCAUGGACAUGGGUACAUGUAUUUUUUUAAGAAAAGGUAUUGUAACACUAUGGCACUGCUUUUAUAGCCAAAGUAUAAAAAAAUUUAGAAAACUGACAUGUAAAGACUGCAGUUAAUUCUGAUACUGUAUCUUAUUAAAUAGGAUGAGUUUUGUUUUAUAAAGUUAUCCAGCACAUUAAGCUGCAUGCCUUAAGCUCUCUCUAGGAUUGUGUUCCUGAUAGACAACUGUUUGGAACUAUGAAGCAAAGUCUGUAGUACUACUUUAACUACCUUCUGGAAUACUGUACAAUGUUAGAAUAAUUUAUUUUGCUUUACAGGAGUUUGUCACGUAUUGACUUUAAUAUUGUAUUUUGGUAAUAAACUUUUUUUUGUUAAA